UUGCAUACAUACGACUGAAUCGAUUCAGAGCACUUAAUCAACUGAUUAGAAUCAGCUUUUUCAGACUGUAAUUUCAGCAGCAGUUUUGACCAGGUAUGUAGCUCAGGAAGAUCAGCUCUUAGUGGUUCCAGCAGUUCAAGAGAAACUUUAUUAAUGAAAUUAAAGCUCCUUCUCGUUCCCUGCUUUGCAUCCUUCUGCAUGGGAUGAGGCGUCGCCAGCCGGCAGCCUGAGCUCACCCGUCGCCCUCGUGAUUCCCCCCGCAGGCAGAACUCUGUGCAGAUGUUCUCAAACAAUGACGAAGCUGUGAUCAACAAAAAACUUCCGAAAGAGCUGCUGCUCCGAAUUUUCUCUUUCCUGGAUGUGGUGACCCUGUGUCGUUGUGCUCAAGUUUCCAGGGCGUGGAAUGUUCUGGCCCUGGAUGGCAGUAACUGGCAGCGAAUUGACCUGUUUGAUUUCCAGAGGGAUAUUGAGGGCCGCGUCGUCGAGAACAUUUCCAAGCGCUGCGGGGGUUUCCUGCGGAAGCUGAGCCUGCGCGGCUGCCUGGGAGUGGGAGACAACGCCUUGAGGACGUUUGCACAGAACUGCAGGAAUAUCGAAGUGUUGAACCUAAAUGGCUGUACCAAGAUCACAGACGCGACGUGUACCAGCCUCAGUAAGUUCUGCUCGAAACUCCGCCACCUCGAUCUGGCUUCCUGCACCUCCAUAACCAACCUGUCGCUGAAGGCGCUGAGCGAGGGGUGUCCACUGCUGGAACAGCUGAACAUCUCCUGGUGCGACCAAGUGACCAAGGACGGCGUCCAGGCCCUGGUGCGGGGCUGCGGGGGACUGCGAGCGCUGUUCCUGAAGGGCUGCACGCAGCUUGAGGACGAAGCUCUGAAAUACAUCGGUGCACAUUGUCCCGAACUGGUGACUUUAAACCUUCAAACAUGCUUACAAAUAACAGAUGAUGGUCUCAUUACAAUAUGCAGAGGAUGCCACAAGUUGCAAUCCUUGUGUGCUUCAGGCUGCUCUAACAUUACAGAUGCCAUCCUGAACGCGCUGGGCCAGAACUGCCCCCGCCUCAGAAUAUUAGAAGUCGCGAGGUGUUCCCAGCUGACAGAUGUGGGCUUCACCACUCUAGCCAGGAACUGCCACGAGCUUGAAAAGAUGGACCUGGAGGAGUGUGUCCAGAUAACAGACAGCACACUAAUCCAGCUUUCCAUACACUGUCCGCGGCUGCAGGUUCUGAGUUUGUCCCACUGCGAGCUGAUCACGGACGACGGGAUCCGGCACCUGGGGAACGGCGCCUGCGCCCACGACCGCUUGGAAGUGAUCGAGCUGGACAACUGCCCCCUGAUCACCGACGCCUCCCUGGAGCACCUGAAGAGCUGCCACAGCCUGGAGAGGAUAGAACUGUACGACUGCCAGCAAAUCACGCGCGCGGGGAUCAAGAGACUCAGGACCCAUUUACCCAACAUCAAAGUCCACGCGUACUUCGCGCCGGUGACCCCCCCUCCGUCGGUCGGGGGCAGCCGACAACGCUUCUGCAGAUGCUGCAUCAUCCUAUGACACUGGAAGCGAUCGUCCUUCGCGAACUGAGUAUUUAAUUACACUUGUAGAAUUACGGCGGACGCCCGUAUCUUCGAGGAAAAGCGAUACCAGUGUCAUUUGCCAGGGCCAGCGGGCCGGGCCGCGCCGCCGGGCCCCAUAGCCCCCCCAUAACGUACAUACACACCCCCCGCCUGGCCCAGCGCACCGGUGAACUCUGCAGCGCGGGACCUGGAGCCGGCUUGGCUUUUCUUUUCUGUUUCUGUAGGUGGAUUGGUAUAAUUCUGAACCAUUCCUACUGGGCAUGCUCAGAUGAAAUCCUUGCGGUAAGGAGUUGGGGGGGGAUUGCAAACCCAGAUUGACUGUUGCUGCUGUUGAGGUUGGAAUACGAACCGAACCCUCCGGCACGGGGAGAGGGGCGAGGGAAGGAACGUGCUUUAACCCUGCAUCUGUUGUCCAGAAGAAAAAAAAUACUAUGAAAAUCCCAACAA